AUCGACUGCUGUCAGGAUGAAGUUUGUGAUAAUUCUUGCGGUUUUGGCUCUCCUCUCUGCUGACAGAGUAUCCGGUUUUGAGUGGCUUAAAAAGAGGGAGAGUGAACCUGUACCAGCACGAGAGUGCCUUACCCCAUCGUGCAGGAACGUAUUCGAGCCAGUCAUGGAUGUCCUGGAUACACCAGCGUCGGAGCUGCUCAUUGAAGAUGGCCGUCUAAGUCUUGAUUGCAGCCAACAGAAUCUGGAUCAAGCAGAAGAAUGCACCAACCUUUCAUUGUUCCUGUGUGAUUCACCAUACCAAGUAGAUCUGAAAGUUAACGCUGCGCUCAAUAUCUUCUGUAGAAACAAAGCAGAUAUCGAGAAGGAGCCAUCCUGCUGGACCAGUAGAAACCUGGUUGGGGCUACAAUGUCAUGUUAUAAUGAUGACAGGGAGGUCUAUGGCGCGUGUGCUGAACGACGUGUGGGCAACCUUACCGAGUGCUCUGGAAUCACCGGGGCCAUCAUGAGGGAGCUGAUUUUGGAACUGGUUGAGUAGAUGUCAGUGGAUACAGAUCGUUAUGGAACAACUGGACCUUUCAUGCAA